CGGAAAAAGUUAAAUAUAAACCACAAACCAUUUGAGGGUUGGUUCACUUUGGGUGUGUGCGAGAGCACAAUUUAGUGAACCCGUCGCUUGUAACAACUUCACUAGUCCUAUUUUCAGUUAAGCUAAUUUGAUUCUCUUUCUAUCGAGGGAGGCAUGAAUCUAUGCAUUUAUAUCGAUCCCGUCAUGAUUUGGAUUGCGAACCGAAGAAGAAAAAUUAGUUUGCAGGAACUCGGAUGGAACUGGUUGGAAGCUUGGCACAUUACCGUCCGUCGGGACUAAUGCCUUCCUACAACUGGAGCAAAAAUGGCAUGUUUUGGGACUUUGGGUAUGACCCACUCCUCAACCAAAUUAGAAUAGACAGUGUGCAGCUUUUCAUCCUUUACAAUGGAAACCAUACGCCUGGUUGGUCGUCCAGUACGCAAUUCAUACUGGCCUAAAUAUGUGAAGUUUAGUAACCAUUACCUUUAUUUCUUUAUGGUUCUUUGUUGCUUUGAUGCCAUUACCGUUUUUUAGUUUCAUUUAUGUGUUUUGAUUCGCAAUGCGCUUUCCAACAAACCUUUGGGUUUCGAAGCUCCCAGGCUGGAGUUUGGGGAUCCAAGAGUCAUCACGUUUUGGGAAAUGGGUUGAGGUGUUAUCUAACUAUCGGGAGAUGCUGAGAUACGGAGUUCAACCAUCAGAUCCUUCAUUCUUCUCCUCCAUUCUCAAAGCAUGUAUAAACCUUUCCUCCACAUGUUAUGGGAAAACAAUGCAUGCGCGUUUCAUUAAACAAGGUUAUGAAUCAUUUACUUCCAUUGGGAAUUCCAUUUUGGACUUUUACAUGAAACGUGGAGACUUGGAAUCAGCAUUGCGUGCGUUUGAUUGCAUGAAAAACAGGGAUUCAGUUUCUUGGAAUAUCAUUAUUUAUGAGCACCUUAAUCGGGGUGAUAUAGAAGAAGGUCUACAGUGGUUUAAUAAAGCUAGGGUAGCUAGCUUUGCACCAAAUACUGCCACAUUGAUUCUUGUAACUCAGGCAUGUCGUGAUGUAGGAGCUUACCUUGAAGGACUGGAAAUUCAUGGGUACAUAAUUAGGAGUGGAUUAUGCGCCAUGGGUUCCAUUCAAAACUCCCUGUUAAGUAUGUAUGUACAUAUAGACUUGGUGAGUGCACGAAAGCUUUUCGAUGAAAUGUCUGACAAAGAUGUGAUCUCCUGGAGUGCAAUGAUUGAGGGUUAUUUGCAAAGAGAGGAAGCGGAUAUUGCCUUGAAAUUGUUUCAGAAAAUGGUGUCCGAGGAUGGGAUCCAACCAGAUGCAAUAACUGCUGCAAUUGUUAUAAAGGCCUGCGGGAGAUUAAGAGACAUUCAUAUGGGAAAGUUGGUCCAUGGAGUAGUGAUCAGAAGAGGAGGCUAUGAGGAUUUGUUUGUAAGGAACUACUUAAUUGAUAUGUAUUCGAAAUGUAAUGAUGUUGAUUCUGCCUUUCAAGUUUACAGGGACAUGUCCCAAAAGAAUAGUGUUUCAUGGAAUUCUAUGUUAUAUGGAUUUGUCCUCAAUGAGAAGUACUCAGAAGCUUUAUUAUUGUUUAAUUUGAUGGGGGAGGAAGGGGUCGAGGUAGAUGAGGUGACUUUAUCGAAUUUUCUUCAAAUAUGCAAACAUUUUGUGCUCGCAUCUCCAUGCAAGUCCGUUCACUGUCUAGUAAUACGACGGGGGUACGAAUUGAAUGAAUUGGUUAUAAAUUCUUUGAUUGAUGCUUAUGCGAAGUGUAAUCUCGUUGAUCUUGCAUGGAAACUUUUUGAUGGCUUGGAGGGCAGGGAUGUGGUGACAUGGAGCACUAUGAUAGCUGGGUUUGCUCACUGUGGCAAGCCUGAUGAGGCCGUCAGGGUCUUCCGUGAGAUGACCAAAAUGCAGGAGAAGCCCACCGCUAUUACCAUUGUAAACCUUCUUGAAGCAUGUUCAUUUUCAGCCGAACUGGGAAGGUCAAAAUGGGCCCAUGGAGUUGCAAUCAGAAGAGACAUGGUGGCCAAUGUAGCUGUUGCAACUGCAAUUGUUGAUAUGUAUGCAAAAUGUGGUGCCAUUGAUACGUCCAGAAGGAUCUUUGAUCAAAUGCAGUGGAAAAAUGUGGUGUCAUGGAGUGCGAUGGUAGCAGCAUACGGUAUGAAUGGUCUCCCUAGAGAGGCAUUGGCAUUGCUCUCAGAAAUGAAAUCGCAAGGUCUGAAGCCGAACUCUGUGACUACUCUCUCAGCACUAUCUGCAUGUAGCCAUGGAGGGUUAGUCGAAGAAGGGCUUACCUUUUUUAAAUCUAUGGUCCAUGAAUAUGGGAUAGUACCUGGGAUGGAACAUUAUUCAUGUGUGAUCGACAUGUUGGGUCGGGCAGGAAAGGUGGACCUUGCAAUGGAAUUGAUCAACCAGAUCCCUAGUGGUGUUAAGAUUAGUGCAAGAGCUUGGGGAGCUCUUUUAAGUGCCUGUAGAAGCCAUGGAAACAAGGAAGUUGGUGCAGGAGCACUCUCUCAUAUUCUUGAGCUGGAGCCGAUGAACUCGGCUGGAUAUUUGCUGGGAUCAAGCAUGUAUGCUGCUGAAGGUUCAUGGGACCAGGCAGCAAUAAUGAAGCAGUUGGCAGAAGAACAAGGGGUGAGGUUCUCUGCUGGUUACAGUAUGAUUCAAGUCGGAAACAGGGCAUGUAGCUUUGUUGCUGGGGAUUGCUCCAACCUUCGGGCUCAAGAGAUUAACAUCAUGGUCCAGCAGUUGCAUAGUUGCAUGUAUAUCGAGGAAGGGAUUCAGUCGGGUGUGACUGAAUGCUGAAGUAUAUUUUGGAUCUUCCAAGGAGCAAGGUUUAAUGUUCAAAUUCAAUAUCUGGUCAAGGAGAGUGUAAAUUCAAAAGAAAAUGAAAUUUUAGACACACCUACUAUCAAAUCCACUAAUCAAAAUUUUAUCCAA